CGGACCGCUGCUGCUGCUGCUGCCGCCGCUGCCGCCGCCGCCGCCAGUGACCGGAGCCUCCUCCUGUUGGGUUGUUGGCGCCAUGAGGCGCUGAGAACGGCGGCAGGAAGGGAAGGAGAAGCCAGAUAGUCCCCGACGGAACAGCCGGAGAGUCCCGAGCCUCGCCUCGCGCUUCCGUCCCGUGCGGGCCGGCCGAGACCAUGUAAAGCGAGAGCGGCUCCAGCCCGAAGAGCAGCCCCCGGCGAGGGGAAAGCGCCGUAGCCGGCCUGAGAAGGCCCCGCCGCGUGCCCGCCUGCGUCCCGGCCUGCGUGUUUGUUGUGGGGGGAACAUGGCGACGUCUAAUCUGUUAAAGAACAAAGGUUCACUUCAGUUUGAAGACAAAUGGGAUUUCAUGCGCCCCAUUGUUCUGAAACUUUUACGCCAGGAAUCUGUCACAAAACAGCAGUGGUUUGAUCUGUUUUCGGAUGUGCAUGGAGUUUGUUUGUGGGACGAUAAAGGCCCUGCAAAAAUACACCAGGCUUUGAAAGAAGACAUCCUUGAUUUUAUUAAACAAGCACAAGCAAGAGUACUGAGCCACCAAGAUGAUACUGCAUUACUGAAAGCCUACAUUGUGGAGUGGCGUAAAUUCUUCACACAGUGUGAUAUCUUACCCAAACCCUUUUGUCAGUUAGAGAUUACUCUAAUGGGGAAGCAAGGCAGCAAUAAGAAAUCCAAUGUAGAAGACAGUAUUGUAAGAAAGCUAAUGUUAGAUACUUGGAAUGAGUCCAUAUUUUCAAAUAUAAAGACUCGUCUUCAGGACAGUGCAAUGAAGCUGGUCCAUGCUGAACGACUGGGGGAAGCAUUUGACUCUCAACUUGUCAUUGGUGUUAGAGAAUCAUAUGUUAAUCUGUGUUCCAAUCCUGACGAUAAACUCCAGAUUUAUCGGGAUAAUUUUGAAAAAGCAUACCUUGACUCAACAGAGAGAUUUUAUAGAACUCAAGCCCCUUCAUAUUUGCAGCAAAAUGGUGUACAGAAUUAUAUGAAAUAUGCAGACGCUAAACUUAAGGAAGAAGAAAAAAGAGCACUACGGUAUUUAGAAACCAGGCGUGAAUGUAACUCUGUAGAAGCGCUUAUGGAAUGCUGUGUGAAUGCUCUGGUGACAUCUUUUAAAGAAACAAUUUUAGCUGAAUGCCAAGGCAUGAUCAAACGGAAUGAAACAGAGAAAUUGCAUUUAAUGUUUUCAUUGAUGGAUAAAGUUCCUAAUGGAAUAGAGCCUAUGUUAAAAGAUUUGGAAGAACAUAUCGUUAGUGCGGGAUUAGCAGACAUGGUAGCAGCUGCUGAAACUAUUACUACUGAUUCUGAAAAGUAUGUAGAACAAUUGCUUACAUUAUUUAAUCGAUUUAGCAAGCUGGUUAAAGAAGCUUUUCAAGAUGAUCCAAGGUUUCUUACUGCCAGAGAUAAGGCAUAUAAAGCAGUGGUUAAUGAUGCUACCAUAUUUAAACUUGAAUUACCAUUAAAACAGAAGGGUGUUGGAUUGAAAACGCAGCCAGAGUCCAAGUGUCCAGAACUGCUUGCAAAUUACUGUGACAUGUUGCUAAGGAAAACACCGCUAAGCAAAAAACUAACCUCUGAAGAAAUUGAAGCAAAGCUUAAAGAAGUGUUACUGGUACUCAAGUAUGUACAGAACAAAGAUGUUUUUAUGAGAUACCACAAAGCUCACUUAACAAGACGUCUUAUAUUGGAUAUAUCAGCAGACAGUGAAAUAGAAGAGAAUAUGGUGGAAUGGCUGAGAGAAGUUGGUAUGCCAGCAGAUUAUGUAAAUAAGCUUGCACGAAUGUUCCAGGAUAUCAAAGUAUCUGAAGAUUUGAACCAGGCCUUCAAGGAAAUGCACAAAAAUAAUAAACUAGCUCUGCCAGCUGAUUCUGUGAAUAUCAAAAUUUUAAAUGCUGGGGCUUGGUCAAGAAGUUCUGAAAAAGUUUUUGUAUCGCUACCCACGGAAUUAGAAGACCUCAUACCUGAGGUAGAAGAGUUCUACAAAAAGAACCACAGUGGCAGGAAGCUUCACUGGCAUCAUCUUAUGUCCAAUGGAAUUAUAACUUUUAAGAAUGAAGUUGGCCAGUAUGACUUGGAGGUAACCACAUUUCAGCUGGCUGUGCUUUUUGCGUGGAACCAAAGACCCCGAGAGAAGAUCAGCUUUGAAAAUCUUAAAUUAGCAACAGAACUGCCCGAUGCUGAGCUUAGGCGAACUUUGUGGUCUCUUGUAGCAUUUCCGAAGUUGAAACGUCAGGUUUUAUUAUAUGAACCUCAAGUCAAUUCACCCAAAGACUUUACAGAAGGAACUCUUUUCUCAGUGAACCAGGAAUUCAGCUUAAUAAAAAAUGCUAAAGUUCAGAAGAGAGGUAAGAUAAACCUAAUUGGUAGACUCCAACUAACUACAGAAAGAAUGAGAGAAGAGGAAAAUGAAGGGAUAGUUCAGUUAAGAAUAUUACGAACCCAGGAGGCUAUCAUCCAAAUAAUGAAAAUGAGGAAGAAAAUUACUAAUGCUCAGCUUCAGACUGAACUAGUAGAGAUAUUAAAAAACAUGUUCUUGCCACAGAAGAAAAUGAUAAAAGAGCAGAUAGAAUGGCUUAUAGAACACAAAUAUAUCAGAAGAGAUGAAUCAGAUAUCAACACUUUUAUAUACAUGGCAUAGCUUGAAGACUCUUCCUGGAAGACACCAAGAAAUGUGCAUUGAAGGUGGUUUGGGCAGACAAAACUACAAGAAAAGGGACUGAGCUGAAAAAGGACUUGUUUGACUUGUAUUACAUAUUCAAAUCCCUGCCUUACUUUACCAGAGGACGUUGUUUUGCCAACCUUUUUUUCAGCUAGCAUGACGGCAUUCCCUUCAUGUUGCACAUGUUUUUAACAGCAUGCUGUUUUUGUGGGGAAACUUUGCAUUCACGAAGAGCCUGUUGUGAGAAUUUUUUAGAUUUGAUUUGCACCCACCUGAGAGAACCGAGGGGCGGGGCUGGGCGUGAGGGUUAGAUGAACAGUACUUGCACAAGGAAAUACCUUCAAAUAUCCAUGCACUGAGGAACUGCUGUUAGUUUUCUCAUUAAACAUAAAGCAAAUAGGACUAGAUGUAGCACUUCACACUUUGUGUUUUGGAUCAACAGCCUAAAUAUUUUUGAUCUUCUCUUAUGUGUAACAUUUGAGCAAGACAUCACAGCUGAAGAUAAAACUUCAUCUGUUGGCUCAAGCAAGUGCUUCAGUAUAACAACUGGAUUUUGGAUACUGAGACACAAGUGAAGUUAAACAGGAUCUAUUGAAUUUGUAACUUUUUUUUACAAAACCUGGGUAAAUGUUUGGACAGGUGGUUUGUUUCAGCCCCCUCCUUUAAAAAAAAAGAAAAAAAAAGAGGUGCUGCUUCACCUUUAAUAACUGUUUCAUGGAUGGAUCUGUUUAUCUUGAAACAAAAUGAAAUAUUAAGUGUAUUUCUUUGUACAUUUAAUAUUUGUAUUCACUGUUUUAGUAUGCUUGCAUAAAUCUGAAUGAAUUAAACAACCAAUGCACAAAUUCCCUAAAAUAGUCAUUAACAUUUUGACAAUCCCUAUAUAUUUCUUAUUUUACUAUUUAUUUAAAAAUAUGUUACAUUUUAAAUACAAUUCUGCUCUAAAAAAACCCCCAAAUGUGUGGAAGAUGUCAAUUCUUUGGCCUACUAGACCAGCUCCAUAAAAAUAUGCAGACAAAUGGACACAAAUCCAACCAGGUUAUCUAACCUAUCAAAAAUUACUGCAGCCAAUCUCCAGUUGCUUUAGGUGAAUGUGUAGGAACCCCUACUGGUGGAGUGUGCCCAUUUAUUUCCUUCCAUGUAUAAAAAUUUGCCUCAGACUUAAAGAAGUGAAGGACUGUUUUGGGGUAGAAUCUGUUUUACUGAGGUCAGUAAAUCAAAAUUAAAACAAGUGUUGGUGGAUGUCUCUCUCCAUCAUCCUUUCCUAAGCAAUUGCAGAGUUACUGUGUCAGUCUGCUCUGAAACGUCUUCUUAUGAGAUGGAUUCUUGUUGGUGACCUCAGUCCUACUAGUGUCAACAGGCUAUCUAAUAGAAAAAGGCAAGUUAGUUUCUAAUUGUGCCCUGCUUCUGCUUUUACAUAUGAGACAGCAACUUUACAAAACUACCUUUGAAACUUUAGCAGUCCAGAUUAGUUGCCUUGUCCUUUGGGGGCUGGUAGUUGCACAUAAUAAUUCUAUCUUUUGCUGCUCAUUGGUUUAAAAGUGAGAUUAAAACAGACUGUUACAAGGGCAAAGUGAAUUUGGUAAGGAUUCUUUUAUUUUACAGGUAAUAAUGCCCCAAACAUUUACUGUCAGUGCACACACAGAGGCUGGUAAGUUUACCCUUAACAAACCCUAUAUACCAACAUGCUUAGGGGGUGGACUGGGGAACUGACAUACUCUGAGGUGUCAGAAAGCAACAAAAUAGAUAAGCAAAUGGCAGGUACAUGAAAAUGGGCAGUGAUUUAAAAUCUCAUUUUCUCUGGAUUUUAUUUUACUUAUACAAAAGAUGAUAAUAUUUUUAAAUCACUUUGAAAUUAACAUAGGAUUGUUAAAAUUCAGCCUCAAAAUCUUGUGGAUAAGAGUUUUAGAAGGUUGAACUUGACUAUCGAACUUUCAGUAGGUGUUAAAGGAAAAGAAAAAUUGGUUCCCUCAAAGGUCUCUUGUACAUGCUGCAACUUUGCAUUUGAUUUCUAUAUACAGGUAGGAAUGGGUAGGCAAAGAUUUUUUUAAUGUAUGUACAUAUUUUCAAAUACUUUGAUAGAGUGUUUUGAAUGUAUUGCUUCAGAACGAUUCUGUUAUGGAGGGAGUAAGGCAUGACAUUAAAUACAACACCAGCUCUAAAUCUCAUAUUUAAUUUCUUCCUGUUGUUCAAACACUAGCCACUUGACCUUCGGAGUCACUCCUUUUUCAGUUCCUAGCAGUGCAAAUACUUUUGAAGAUUGGAAUUAGUGGCCAGAAUCUAAAUGGCUCCAGUGAUCUUCGUUUGUGAUUUUCCAGAAUUCCCGUCCCCCUCCCAGUCCCUUGUGUCCCCAGACAAGAGAGAUGUCCAGUGCAGCCCCAGAGGCUGUGCUUUGAAGGGAAAAUUGCCAAAACCCCAUGCACCUGUGGAAGCACUUUAGGAGCACACAUGGGGCUGUAUGGAUCUUGCCAAUAAGUCUGUUUUGUUCAUUUACAUAGAAGGAAAAUAUUGAGUGCUCAUUAAUGUCUCUUAUUACUUAUGCUUAAUACACACACAAAUUUCCUACAUGUGGCCGGGGAAUUAUAAUGGCCAACGUGCCUGGUUCAGUUUUUUUUUCCUUUUGUGUGCAUUGGAGCAGGAUGUCAUGUAAAACACUGAAUCUGAAAAUCACACCAGCAAUUUCCUUACAGCUGCAGAAUCACGUUUCGCAUCCUUUGUCAGGACACUUUCACCAAGAUGCCCUUAAGGCUAAGGUUAUCAGGAACAGAAAAAUAUACUGGUCUAAACAUGUAUGCAGAACUAUGAAAACAUCAAUCUAAAAAUAAAUGAAAUUAUCAUUCAUUGCAAUAUGGCAACAUAGCACUUUUAAAGCUGAUUUUUAGCUUUGGGUAUUUUUCUCCAAAGACCUAGCAUAAAGAGGUGCUGCUUCUGAAAAUGUAUGUUGCCACAAGCACUGCCAUUGUGGUUUGUAUAAGUAAUACUAGAUAAGAAAAAUAAUGCAGGUUGCAUUGAUUUUAAACAUAGUUAUACAAAUGCAUUGUCACAAUGAGGUUCAUGCUUAAUUUUGAAGUCUUCCAUAUUUUUUUUCUUUAUCCCACUGGUAUCCCUUGUUUUCUACCUAUUCAUUUGUUUAAACCUGUUCUUGUUGUUGGAGCAUAGUGUAGUUAAAGUUAAGUUUUAAUGGUGGCUUUUUCCCAAUGUAAAAUGGCCUAAGUAUUCAAACAUGUUUGAUUAGUUCACAUUACAGUGAAAGGUACAAAUUUUAAAAAUGCAGCUGAGAGAAAUAUUUGAUAGCUUCAUGGAAUUAUUUGGUAUUUUGAGUGCAAAACCAUUUUCUACUUCAUGGAACUGGCUGGGACGCUACCUUUGUAAAUUCACAGUCCUAUUUGUGAAAUGAACCAGUACUGGAGAGCUUUCCUGUUAAUAGACUAUAUGUAGCCUGGAGUGCAACACAAACAUGAGUUUCCUAGGUUGUAAUAUCUACAUAUGGUUAUUUACAGUUUUGAAUGUGUGCCACUACAUACUGAGAUAAUGCUGUACAAUUUUGACUGGUAGCAGUUUUUUCUUGUAUGGCAGUCUGGCUGAACUAUUUUGAUGUACUGCUUAAUUUUGGGAUUUUAUUUUUUAAGUUGUAUAAUUUAUUUUCUUGCAAAAUAAAAAUGUAAUAUAAAAUAUCAAAA